AUGUCUAAUAACGAAGAAUUGGCGAUUGAAGUUCAAAACCUUUCUUUCAACUACGGUGGACCACCAAUUUUGAAAGACGUGAAUUUGAAAUUGCACAAGGGAACUCGCUGUUUAUUAGUUGGCGCCAAUGGAGCUGGGAAAUCCACUUUAUUGACGAUCCUGGCAGGGAAGAGAAUGGUUCGAGAUAAGGUGUUGAUUUUUGGAAGGGAUUCAUUUAAAAAUCCUCCACCCGGAAUUACUUACCUUGGUACCGAAUGGGCGAACAAUCCCAUUGUCAGGGGUGAUGUUCAAGUCUCCACCCUCCUAUCCAACAUGAAUGGUGAUAAGUAUCCUGAGAGAGUGAAUGAAUUAAUUCAAAUUAUGGACAUUAAUCCAAAUUGGCGAAUGCAUCAAGUAUCCGAUGGUCAAAGACGUAGGGUACAACUCGUUUUAGGAUUAAUUGAACCUUGGAUUUUAUUGCUUAUGGAUGAAGUUACCGUUGAUUUGGAUGUUUUGGUACGUUCUGAUCUGUUGGAAUUUUUGAAAAAAGAAACAGAAAGGAGAAAUGCUACUAUCGUUUACGCAACUCAUAUUUUCGAUGGACUUGGAGACUGGCCUACUCAUGUAACUCAUAUAAAACGCGGAUCAAUCGUAGCACUUCAUGAUUUUAAUACAAACUUUACGGAAUUGGAUGAUAUGAUAUCUCAAUUACGCCAAUUAAAUGACGCGCAAACCAUAAAUUCCAAUUUGAUACGUUCACAAUCACGUAGAAAUAUGGACUCUCCACUUUUAAAGGUUGUUGAAAAAUGGUUAAGAGAAGAUUUGAGAGAAAUUAGAUUACUUCAAGCCGAAGAAAGGAAAAAAUCCGAGCACGAAAGAGAUAAAAUUUUAUUAAAUGAAGAAAAACCAACGACUAAAUGGGACAUCUUAUCAGACAAUAUGGAUAAGCAUGGCGAUAAAUAUUAUAAUUAUUGGAAUCGUUAA